AUGGUCGUCGGAUCAGACGUUGCCAACGGCAAAGAGAACGAGAGCUAUGACUUGAGCAAUGUGGCCAAUAUCCAGGCGACACUAUAUGAAGCCUUCGGGCAUAUUGAGCUUCUCCCUUUCUGUGCCAUGAGCUACGCUAUCGCCCAAACUGCCGGCGUCCCACUUGUGCGCAAGUUUUCAAACUUCACCGACCUGCGCAUCUUGAUUGUGAUGGGGUCGGUCGUCUUCUCAGUCGGCGCGGCUGUAUGCGGCUCAGCUCCGACGAUGAAUGCUUUUAUUAUAGGCAGAGUGGUGAAAGGCCUCGGUGGUUCGCUUCUUACACAGACCACCCAGCAGUACUUGGUAAUGCUGUGUAGACCGACAGAGGUUGCGUUGGUUGCUGGAGUGUUGGGCCUUGCGUGGGUAGUAGGGUUGCUCCUGGGCCCAAUCCUCGGGGCCCUAUUCGCAGAAAACCACCAUUUGACCUGGAGAUGGGCCUUCUACAUCGUGAUACCCCUUAUCAUGGGUGUCGUUGCCCCCCUUGCCGGCACAAUUGCCCCGCCACCUCCCAUUCACGCCAAGAGGUCGUUCGCCUCAAAUCUUGGCCGUAUUGAUUGGGUUGGUUUCAUCCUACACAGUGCCUCGGUGGUACUGCUACCAAGUGUCAUCGCCUUUUCUGGCUUGACGUGGCCUUGGAACUCAGGCGCGGCCAUUACUGUAUGGGUGAUCACAGGGCUGGUGGUCAUGGCAUACUUUGUCCAGCAAGCUUUCAGCCUCUUUACUACCCCUGAGCAUCGGCUCAUGCCAGUCGACGCGCUGAAGAAUCGCACGGUUCUGCUCGUUUUCAUAGCAACAUGCAUGAUGGCAAUCGGCUAUACAAUCUCGCUUUACUAUUCAGCGCUCUUUUUCGCCUUCGCCCGUGGUCAGGGUCCGAUAAGUUCAGCUAUCCACAUGCUACCUUUGGUUGGAACGUUCAUUGCAUGCGUGUUGAUUUCUGGGGCAUUGCUACCCAUGGUUCGACGAUAUGCAGCAAUUUACACCCUUGGCGGCUUGAUAAUUGUAGGGGCUAGCGGAUAUAUCGUCACCAUCAGCCCGACUUCCCCGGACAGCGCGAUACUCGGCGCCACAGCACUUCUGGGUGCUGGAGUCGGUCUUACUUUUCCAAUCGGUGUCAGUAUUAUCAGUUUUGUUCUGCCAAAGCAGUGGGCUCCCGACGCAGCUUUGUUGAAUACACUCGGGAUAUCAUUCCCUGCUUGUUUCACCGUAGCCCUUGCUGGCUGUGUCUACGAGAAUCUAGGCCACCGGGACUUAUCUGCCGCUCUACGACCUUUCGGAUUCUCCGAUGCCGAAAUUCGCGAGGCAUUAGCUGGUGCAUCUGCGCGGUUAACAGGGGCUGUUGACCAGCAAAUCCAGAUGGUUGCCAGCACCACGGUCACACGAAUCAUCGCCAAAGAGUUUUACAUACUCGUCGUGGCGGGUAUCGUCAUGAUAACAGCUGCUGCAUUCAUGAAGUGGGAAGCGCUGGACUUCAAGGGACGUAGACCAGCUGAAGAUACGGAUGCAAAAUAG